AUGCUCCAUCAUCGCUUCAACUCGAAUACUACUUCCACAUCUCAUUCUUCAGGGAUAGGACCUAGUAAAUCAGCUCCUCCUUCAAACAAAACUUACACCCCUCUUCGAAGACAGAGCUCGGGCUUGUACGCCACACCUCAAUCCGGUACCAAAGUUCGAUAUCCAAUGCCAUCACCCAAUCUCACGCCUUAUGCUGAUGGAUCUCCUCUUCCUGUAUAUCCUUCUUACCCUUCGUCGAAUGGAGGUUAUGGUGUUCCGGACGGACCGGAGUUGAGCAUACAGGGGAACAAUCCUGUGUUAGCCGUGGUGCGACAUGGUUUGGAUGGAUUACGUUUGGGUUUGGCAGAUGCUGCUAGAUUAGAUAGGAGCUGGUCAUUGGUCUGGAGUGAUCAUGAACUUCGGUCUUUGGUCAUAAAAUCCACACUGAUCAACCUACUCUCAUUACUUUUACUCUCCCUCUGGCCUCUCAUCUUCUCUCCCAUAUUCUCCACAUCUACCACCUCAGCAAUCUCACCGACCAUGCAAGAUAAAACAAGAGAGAUAAGCAUGUGGUAUAACCUUUUACUCAGUUGGCCAGUAUUCAUCGUUUGUUUCUGGAUAAAUGCAUCUUGGUCACCUGACAUUACACGCAGAGCUCAUACUCUUCUUCAUCCUUCAUAUCGCUUUCAACCUUCUCCCAGUCCAACUCCCACUUCAGCGGGAUUCUCACAACAAUCCAACAUAGAAUCAUUCGUUUCCAACCCCAUUGGUUGGCUUAUGCCUUCUCUCACUAGGAUUACCAUGAUUAGUGACUUUACAUUACUUACGCGUAUCAUGUGUAUGAUUCCAACCUUGGGUAGAUGGUCGGCUAUGGGAUACAUGUGUAUUAUAAAUUCAUAUUACUUUUUCGAAUCAACUUUUCUUUCCCGUAGUUGGGGAUUGGACCAUCGGAUUUCUUUCAUGCAAGAACGUAUAGGGUACAUGAUAGGGUUCGGUCUUCCAGCUACUGUCCUCACUUCUUUCGGUCCACCAUUAGUCAACAUGGUCAUUUUUGCCUUGAUUUAUCCUUUCAGUUAUGGACUACUCACUUUCUUAAUCCUAACUUCUCCACCACGUUCUCCUGAUAUAGGCAUCGUAACUACAUUCCCCCUCUCGUAA